AUGGCCACCGCUCCAGCUCCAGUUCUCAAUGCUUACCGACACCUAAUGCGCGCGGCGCGAAUCGCUUUUCAAGGUACGAAACCAUUCCGGAAACGAACUUCUAGUGCAGCCGAGUUCAUGUUCAAGACUGGUCCAAUGGGUUAUACUGACUAUCAAUUCACUGCAGGCGACGCCACUAUCCUCUCUGCCGCUCAGCUUCAGAUCCGCCACGAGUUCCGGCUAAAAGCCAAGGCCGAUGCUGCCGAUGCUGCUGCAGCGAUUAACCAUGCCGAAGAGGUAGCAAAGGUCCUUCGUCAGAAUGUUGUUCAGGGUCAAAGAACAGAGGAGGGCAAGGACACCUUCAAGCUGAGGAUACACAAAGACAUUGAGCGAGGCGAUAACGAGUCUAUCAAAACAGCUGGAAAAGGCACAGUUGGAGGUGGCUGCUGCGGUGGUGGUGGUAAAAAAUGA